UACACGAUCCUUGAGGUCCCUUCCAGUCCGGGUCAUUCUGUGUUUCUGUGAUUCCCCUCCUCUCCCAUGUAAUCCCAUGGGCUGUGUAACAUGUAGGGUGUGAAGGGCUGCCAGAUCUUCCCCCAGGGAUCACAAGGUUGUGCCCAGUUCCCAUACACUGAUCGCAUUCCUCAGAGGACAGAAGAGCUGUGUAUGACAGCAGUGGUGAGAGCUGUCACCACAACAGGUUGCUGCUUCAGUGAGGCACACCACUGGGUCUCUUUUAUCUUCCACCCGCACCACCUGGCUGAGGGAAGCUAGAAAGUAAGCAAGGAUCCCACAGCAGCGAGGCAGCCACCCUGCAUCACCUCCCUUCCUCUAGCCCCAGGAAAAGCCACAGCCCACCCAGCUGAGGGACUCGGGUGCCUGACACCCCACACAAAAGGGUGAUUAAGUCCGAAAGAGUCAGAGCCAGUGGGCUGCUGGAAAGUGUGAGCCAUGACAGUGGGGAUUCUCUGAGGUAAAAGGGGGCCUGGGGUGAGGCAGCUAAGUGGAAAUGUGCUCUCCCAGCGUAGGAGCCUGAGCAAGUCCCCUCAGUGCACCAGCACAGGUGGGUUUUCCACAUCUGUCCUGGAAAAGGAUGUCUUCUCCACGCAGUGUCACAGCUUGCAGCCCCUCCUCUUCAGUCCUGGGCACUUCUCCUGGGCACUUUUGCUACUGCCACUUCCACAUGGAUGACCUUGUCUUGUUUUGGUCCACCUCAGCUUGCUCACAGACUGCCCCUGAGGACAUGUAACUCACCAUAGACCCUUUGCUCAGCCUGCCUUCAAACUGACCAGUGGAAAAAUAAAGCCCAGAACAGGAUAAGGAAGGGGAAACCAUCAGGAAAAGAAAUAAUUACACCUUCUGAAAAGCCCUGAAACAAUUAGAAAUAAGCUGUGAGAGGCGGAAAGAUCAAACCAAAAAAGGCAAAGAGAUGAAAGACAAACAUGAAGAGCACUUGCUGGGAAGUGUCUUCUCUACUUUUUCCAUUCUCUGUGUAGAAGCAAAACUUGUAAGAAAAACAACAGCGACCCAAAGAAUUUCCACUAAAAGAUGCUUAGAGCAGUGACUCUGGUCCCUCCCUCCUCUCUCUCACUGGCUUCAGCUCUGCCCUCACAUGCCUCAGCCCUACGCCUGUUUCUUGGUCGUGACGCAUCUUCUUAGUGAUAUGAGGAAAUUAGCUGCCCACCUACAGUAUAAGGGUGUAGAGGGAACCACUUUGAUCAGAAAGAGAGACAGAGCAAGGAAGCAAGCAAGUCCAGCUGGCCUUCACUUGGUUCACCCACCCACUCCAACACCUGCUUGACUGCACCCUAUUUUUGCUGAUCUCUGAAAGCUUCGGACCGCAGACCCAGUCUCACUUCUCCUGGAGGCCACCAUGAGGCCGAUGCCCCUGCUGCUAUUCCUCACUCUGCUGGCUGUCAAUGCAGGCAGCAUCCUACCGGGAGCAGCAGAGGUGGAAAACAGAGGGCAGAAGGUCUGGGCCAGAGAGGGGAGUUCAGCUCUGCUGCCCUGCUACCUGAGUCCCAGGAAGCACGGGAAGGGUAGGAAACAGCUGUCUGAGAGGACAUCUGUGCUCUGGAAGCGGCAUGGGGCAAGUGCCCCCCAGGAUCUGCACGUAGUGCUGGAGGUGGAGUACUCAGGCCUGCGGAAGACGGCUCUGCCCAUGAGGCCACGGGUAUCCGUCCUGGACUCUGCCUUACGCAACGGCAACUUCUCCCUGUGCAUCAACCCGGUCAGGAGUGACGAUGCGGGUCUGUAUGAAGCACAGGUGUUCUACAACAAGGAGAUCCGGAGCUGCCGGGUGGAGCUGGGUGUAGUUACAGUAAAACUCAGUCCAGCCAGACCUGUGGUAGAAAAUGAGCCACUUUUGCUGAGCUGCAACUCUAGCCACCAUGCCCGUCUGAUGGAGACAUGCUGGUUCCACAAUGGACACCCAGUCCUCACCUCUGGGGCCUCCUGCUCCAUGCAUGGGGCUUUCUACAUCCACCGUCCCACCGUGAGUGACUCAGGAUCCUGGCACUGCCAGCUCAGAUACGCCGACAAUGAGAUCGUUUCUGCCACACACAACCUGCAAAUUCUAGGUUUUGACGGCCCAACCAACCCUGUGGUCUAUGCUGCAGCUGGCUCUGCAGCUGACCUGCCAUGCACCCUGAACCACCUGCCCAGUGCCUUUGGGAUCCAUGUGGUGAAAGCCCAUUGGAGCCGCUUUGCAGGAGGACACUUGCAGAACUGGAGCAUCUUGCAGAACCAGAGCAACAGAAGCUUCCCCCUUCAUCUCCCUGUGGUGGGGCUGGGUGAUGCAGGGCGAUAUAGCUGUGCUGUCACUGUUGACAACAAGAUGCUCAGAAGGGACAUGACCUUGGCAGUGAUAACAGUCACCCCAGGCAUCCAAGGACCAGUUUCCGAGGGAUCUCAUUUGCUGCUCACCUGCAGCCUUACGCACCCCCAGGGACAUGAACAUUUCCAGUGGAAGCGCCUCAGUUCUGCCUCUGCUGACAAAAAGUUGACUGUGGCCACCUCCCACAACCUGAAGGACAGCCGAGUCCAGACUGGCCCUACCUUGGAAAUACCCCAAGUGUCACAAAAGGAUGUGGGCAUCUGGGAAUGCAGUGUAUAUGGCCCAGAAGGAAGACUAGGAGCAGUGGAAUAUGGACUGCAGAUCACAGGUGCCCAUGUCUCCAGCCCUCCCACCAUCUUCAGUGGUCAGGUUACUUUUGGGCUCAUGCUCACCCUCAUCUUCCUGCUUAUGGUCUGUGUUCUGGCUCUGGGGAUGCAAAAAAGGGCACGUCUGCCAGCUUCCUUCCCAGCACUUGAACGGAUAGUUGCAGUCACUCUGCCAAAGGAGAUGGAAGAGAACCAGAAAGAGACAAACCAGCAGACUGAGUGCUGAUCGGAGCAGGGGCAUCAGGCCUGGUCUGCAUGGGAGGAUGAAGCUCUGUGUGCUGUGCUGAAGAGAGACGGGCACAUGCAGACCUCUGAGGAGGGUCUAGGGACGGUGUGAGCAUUUCAGGAGGCCAUAGGAGAUCUGCGCCUGCAGAAGGGCUGGGAAUUGCAUGCCAAUACAAGAUGAAAGCCACCACUGAAAUAAGGGGGCAGGUAGCACAGAUGCUUUGGAGCUGCUGGAAGUAUUUGAGCCAGCAGCCACUGCCUGCUUCAGUUUCACUUUUCUCUGCCAGCUCUUGCCCCUCCUUACUGCCUUCUCCACCAGCCUUUCUCUGCUGGGCACUCUAAUGCAGGAGGCAGCCAGAGCCCGGCUCCCUGACAACCAGUUGGUGUUUCCUCCCCCUGCCCAGUUUCUCCUCCUGCUCCCUGCACUGCCCUGCUCCUGCACUCGUUCAGUGGUAGAGGGGAUCCUACAGAGGACUGCACAUAUUACACAUUUUGAGCAUUUUAUUUUAUUGGAAAAUCGUUUGAGAAUGUAAAAUAAAUGUCCAUUA